GGACAACACAGGUGUGCCCAUUCUAUCGCUUGUCGCGUGUGCUCAGAGGUGGUGUUUCCCACUCUGAUAAACAAAAAUGGUAAUGCCAUCGAUAGUCAUGAAAUAUUUCACGCUCUUCAUUGUAUUUGCCGCAUCGGCACGUGCCGAUUGCCCUCCUGAUGGCGCUCUUCAAGUCGCUGUGUCCACAAGCAAAACGCGGGUCAGGAGGGGAGGAGUCACGAUGUUCACUCUGACGUUACAGCAAGUCACGGAUUGGGGGAAUGCCACUGCCAUUUACCCUGCGCUCAUCCUUCCUGUCGAUAAUCAUACCGACCACGACCAUGAUACCCAUCACGAUCAUGAUACCGACCACGAUACCGAUCAUGAUCACGAUCACGUUGAGUCGGCUCGAAAUCUCGCAGGGGGAGGGGGAGGGCAUGAGCACGAACAUGCGCCUGCCUACUUCCGAAGCGGCCGAAUCAAGCCACGCAUCUGGAAAAGGUCGCGUUCGAACAGGCCGAUCUUUGAAGCACACGAUAGCCUGGUUUACUUCAUGCUCCCCUCUGACUAUGCCACCAGCGUGCCCAACCCCAGGCCAUCGGCUUCAGCGCCCGAGCACGCGUUCAGGUUUGACGUGGUGGUAGGCAAGACGCUGGAAGAGGAUCAUCUCGAAUUUGAUCUGGUUAUUCUCGACGGCUUGGACGGCAACAUCUGCUUUGGUCCGGAACAUGUAGAGAUUGACGUCUAUGGACGCAUUCGACCUGAAAGGGAUCAUUAGUUCUAGUCGGUCGACUUGCAUGGGACGCAACUUUGUUCAACACUGAGUCUUCGGGAGGGAAAUAAGAAUGUGAAAAGCCUUAAAGAAAUGAGUUAAUGGGGCAAGAAGAUAGGUGGAGGGCCACCCAAGCGAUAUUUUUUGAUCGGUGUGUAAGGACUUGCCCAUGUGUUGACCGAGUCGCGAAG